AUGCAAACUCUUUCGGAGUUUGCUGAUCGACACGCAUUCCACUCCGCCUCCGACUCUGUGGCUCUCUACCACUCUAUCCCCCCACACCAGCGCCCUGCCCAGGCCACACUGAAGCUUCGUGAACGGGCCUUGUCUGCUGACAAUGAACACGAGUACGCCGACGACAUGAUCGCACACAUGCACAUGCUGGAGAAGGCGUACAGCUGCGACACAGACAUGAUGCGUCAGCAACCCCACGUGACCUUUGCAAACAGACGAGAAGCUCUGGAAGAUGUGGUCAAUUCACACAGAUACUUUGACCUCUCUUCGGAUACCCUUUUCACUGCGGUGGCUCUCUUGGAUCGGUACACCAGUAAAUGCAUUAUUGUGGAUGGCUACUACCCCCUUGUGGCCCUGGCUGCCCUAUGGAUCGCAGCCAAGUAUGUUGAGAGAAAGGUCGCAGUCCCUACUCUCGACCAGCUGCACCGUUUGCAGCCCGCUUACUCCAAGCGUGAGUACCUCCAGAUGGAGGGCUACAUGCUCAACGUCUUGGAGUGGUCUGUCUCCGCACCCACUGCAGACGCGUUCCUGGACAUGUUCAUUGGUACCACGGAUCCCAUUUUCGACGACAAGUUCCGAACACUUCGUCUGUUUGGCCUGUACCUGUGUGAGUGUGCUCUUUUCAAUGAGCAGCUCAUUGAUGCUCGAAAGUCGUCCGUGGCCAUGGCAGCUCAGCUGCUCGCCAUGUACUACACUCAUGGUAUCCCAGACUAUCCCGUGUCUCCUCGUCCAGACGUCAACUUCAUUAUUAACCAGCUUGAGACCCAAGCUGUCCCCGCAUGUAUUCAGUCAAAAUACGCCUCUACCAAAUUCGAGUUCAUGCGAAAUGCAAUUGGGCUACGAGGUGGUGAAACCCCCGACCCUGAGGAUGUCAUGAUGACUCCUCCCGUUACUCCUGAGCGAAGUAAGCGAUAUGGCUUUGUUGGUGCCCAGAACCAACCCCAAACCCAACCCCAAACCCAGGCCAUCCCCAAGCAACCAUACGACUAUGGCUACAACCAGGGGUACUAUCAUUCCUAA